AUGUCAGUUUACGUUCAUGAAACUAAAGGUACUGACAGUACUGGAUUUGGUACUGAAGAAAAACCUUUUGCAAGUGCAGCUUAUGCAUUAUUCACUCAACCUGAAAGUAAAAUCUUAGUAUUUAAAGUACAAGAAGAUUCUGAAGGUUAUGUUGAAAUUUCAGCAUCAGCUUUAAAGAAAGCUAAAAAGGGAGCUGAAGGUUUAAAAAAGAAACAAGAAAAAGCUGCUAAAUUACAAGAACAAAAAGAAUCAUCAACUACUAAAAAAUUAGAAGAUUUAGAAAUAAUUGAAAUCAAAGAAGAUUUAUCAUUACCAAAAGCUGAAAAGAUUAAAUUAAGAAACCUUGGAGAUUUCAUUGAUUCAAGAGUUUCAGUACAAGGUUGGAUCCAUCGUUUAAGAAUUCAAAAAGGUUUAGCUUUCAUUACUUUAAGAGAUGGUACUGGAUACAUUCAAUGUGUUUUAACUGGUGAUUUAGCUAAAGUUUCUACUACUAAAGAAUUGACUUUAGAAUCAACUGUUGUCAUUAAAGGGGUUAUUAAGAAAUUGCCUGAAGGUAAGAGUGCUCCAGGUGGUGUUGAAUUGAAAGCUGAUUAUUAUGAAGUCGUUGGAUUAGCUCCAAGUGGUGAUGAUGCUUUCACUAAUAAAGUCCAAGAAUCAGCUGAUCCUUCAUUAUUAUUAGAUCAACGUCAUUUAACUUUAAGAGGUGAAACUUUAUCUAACGUUAUGAAAGUUAGAGCUUCAUUAUUAAAUGCUUUCAGAAAAUUCUUCAAUGAAGAAGGUUUAACUGAAGUUACUCCUCCUUGUAUGGUUCAAAAUCAAGUUGAAGGUGGUUCAACAUUAUUCAAAAUGGGUUAUUAUGGUGAAGAAGCUUAUUUAACUCAAUCAUCACAAUUGUAUUUAGAAACUUGUUUACCUGCUUUAGGGGAUGUUUUCUGUGUUCAAGAAUCUUUCAGAGCUGAAAAAUCUCAUACUAGAAGACAUUUAUCUGAAUAUACUCACGUUGAAGCUGAAUUAGCUUUUAUAACAUUUGAAGAUUUAUUAGGUCAAUUAGAAAGAUUAAUUACCAAAUCUGUUAAUUAUGUCUUGGAAGAUCCAAUUGCUGGUCCUUUAGUUAAACAAUUAAACCCUGAUUUUAAACCACCAAAAAUGCCUUUCUUAAGAAUGGAAUAUAUACAUGCUUUAGAUUGGUUAAACGAACAUGGUAUUCCAAAUGAAGAUGGUGAAAAAUUCAAAUUUGGUGAUGAUAUCGCUGAAGCUGCCGAACGUAAAAUGACCGAUACUAUUAAUCAACCAAUCUUAUUGACCAGAUUCCCAGCUGAAAUUAAAUCUUUCUACAUGCAAAGAUGUAAAGAUGAUCCAAGAGUUACUGAAUCGGUUGAUGUAUUAAUGCCAAAUGUUGGUGAAAUUACUGGUGGUUCAAUGAGAAUUUAUGAUUACAAAGAAUUAAUGGAUGCUUUAGAAAGAGAAGGUUUAGACAAAGAAUCCUACUAUUGGUUUACUGAUCAAAGAAAAUAUGGUACUUGUCCUCAUGGUGGUUACGGUUUAGGUACUGAAAGAAUUUUAGCUUGGUUAUGUGAUAGAUUUACCGUUAGAGAUUGUUCCUUGUAUCCUAGAUUCACUGGAAGAUGUAAACCAUAA